GAUGAUCGCCGAAGCUGUAGCCGCCCUAAUCAAACAAACACCGGUCGAGCAGCCCAGGGUGGAGCAACUCCGAAUCGAGCAAGCUAGGAUCGAACAACCUCAAAAUGAGCAGCAACCCCCUGAACGCGAACAACAGGCACAAUCGCAUGAAAGGCAGAACAGGAGGGCAGAUGAGGAGGAGUCCUCUGUCAGAACCGUUAACCCACAAGCCAGAAACGACACGCUGGAGCAGCUGUUAGCACAGAAGGUGGGAUGUACGUGGGAGAUGAUCAAACAGUUAAUCCGUGAGAAGUACUAUCCCACAUACUACCGAGCAGAGAUGGAGCGCCAAUUUCUAUCGCUCCAGCAGGGUACUCGUACUGUCGAUGAGUACGAGAGGGAGUUCACGAGACUUGCAGCUUUCGUUCCUGAUUUGGUCCGCACGGAG